UUCGUUUGAGGGACGAAUUAGAACGAAAUUAUUUUCUCCUAACGUCGGAAAGCACAACAAAGGGAGGUAACCUGGUUUCGUAAUGGGUAUAUAAGUAAAGGCGGGAAGUUGAAACUUCAUUCUCAGGUGCGGUGCAGUCGGGCUGGCUAUAUUAAACAUGGACGCUCACAAGCCCAUAUCGGAGAAGUUAGACGAGAUUCUUCGCCAAUUGGAAAGAUCAAAAGCCGAAAUAGCGCAAUCAGUUGAAGAUCGUUUACUUGGUUUUCGUGAAGAAUUUGAGAAAACGACCAAAGAGAUAUCCAAGUUGAAAGCUGAUAAGGAAUUUGUGUGGAAACGAGAAGGUUGUAGAAUACAACACUCAUUCAAUACUGAAACUUUGGACAAUUUAAAUCAGUUAAAGUUUGCCUUAGAAUUUAAGAAAUACGACUACGCGGCGGAGCUUGUUGAGACGGAAAAAACUCGGAUCGAGCAGAGAAACAAACUUAUUAAGAUUGCCGAUACGUCGGAGGGUGGAUGGGAGACUGUAAAAAAAUAUGUUGCACAAGAUGUGGCGUCCGACUCUGAAGACGACAAGAAAAUUACAAGAGCAGAAAAUAAAGCUGUCAAGAAAAUCAAGUCCAAGAUGGGGCGUUCUGCACGCAGUCCGUACUAUAGACCACGUGGUGGUCGUGCUCCUAGUGCUACUGUCUCUUCUGCAGAGCCAGCGGCAGUCAACAGCUUCUCCAUGUUCAAUCAGCCCUUUCGGAGGAACUCAUCAAGGGGAGCGUGCUUCUCAUGUGGGGGAUUUGGCCAUUUCAGACGUCAGUGUCCGAUGUCCGGAGAACAACAACCCGCUCAGACUACAGGACGAGGAGGAGGAUCUGCCCAUUAA